UGACGACGGCGCGAAACACCUCGGGUCUCUUCCAUUUCAAAAUUUCAACUAGACCUCCGUGUGCUACCGGCUGACGAGCAAGUUUGUGGUCGACUUUAUCUGGGCCUUUACACCCAGAAACAUGGAUCUGACUAAGGUUCUCGAAGCUACUGUCUCUCCAGAUUUAGCUGAGCUUCAAGCCGCCCAGAAGUAUCUAGAAGAGGCUGCUCAGGUGAACUUGCCACAGUUCCUAUUAGUUCUGGUAAAUGAGCUUGCCGAUGGAAGUAAAUCGCAAGUCGCUCGCAUGGCUGCCGGCCUGCAGUUGAAAAAUCAACUGACCUCAAAAGAUGACAUCGUUCGCGCUCAAUACCAGCAGAGAUGGCUGGGUUUGGACAAGGAAGUGCGAGACCACGUUAAAAAGAUGUCUCUGGCCACACUCGGUAACGAGACGGCCCGGCCGGCGAUUGCCCCUCAGUGCAUCGCUGCUAUUGCCUGUGCUGAGAUUCCUACAACUCAAGACCUUGAGAUCAUUGACAAGUUGGUAGCCAAUGAAGACACUGGUAGCCCUGAACUUCUACGUGAACAAACCCUUGAAGCCAUUGGUUAUAUUUGCCAGGACAUUGAGCCAGAGCACCUGGUUUCCCAUGCUAACAAAAUCCUAACUGUCAUUAUUCAAGGGAUGCGCAAAGAAGAACCAAGUAAUCACAUUCGGCUUGCUGCAACAACUGCUCUUUUAAACUCUCUAGAAUUUACAAAGCAAAAUUUUGAAAAAGCGGCCGAGCGUGAUUUUAUAAUGCAAGUUGUUUGCGAGUCCACUCAAUCCUCCCAAACCACGAUCAAAGUUGCAGCCUUGCAAUGUCUUGUGAAAAUAAUGUCUCUCUACUAUCAACAUAUGGAGGAGUACAUGAGACUUGCUCUCUUCGGGAUUACUGUGGAAGCGAUAAAGUCUGACACAGAUGAAGUUGCCUUACAAGGAAUCGAGUUCUGGUCAACAGUUUGUGAUGAGGAGAUGGACUUAGCUAUUGAAAUGGCUGAGGCACAAGAGGCUGGGCGACCUCCCGAGAACACCAGCCGUUUCUAUGCCAAGGGAGCACUCGCAUUUCUCAUACCACCCAUCACAAACUGCCUUAUCAAUCAGGAAGAGUAUGAUGAUGAUGAUGAUUGGAAUCCAUGCAAGGCGGCAGGCGUUUGCCUGAUGCUACUUGCCCAGUGCUGCGAGGAUGCCAUUGUCCAGCCAGUCCUAGAGUUUGUCAAUGUGAAUUUUGCAAGCCCAAGCUGGAAAAAUAAAGAUGCAGCCAUCAUGGCCUUUGGUGCAAUUUUGGAAGGCCCUGAUCCCAAGACUCUUCAGCCAUUUGUAGAGAAUGCUCUUCCAGUCAUUGCACAACAAAUGAAAGAUGAAAGCGUGGUAGUCCGUGAUUCAGCAGCCUGGGUUUUAGGUCGAGUAUGUGAGAUAAUGCCACAUAUAGCAAUCAAUGAGAAAUACCUUGUCUUGGUCGUGACCACACUUUUGGAGAGUUUGAUUGCUGAACCCAGAGUUGCAUCUAAUGUGUGUUGGGCGUUCAGUUCACUCAGUGAAGCUGCGUAUGAAGCCGCGACUGACCAAAACUCUGAAGAGGAGCCCCAGACCUACUGCCUUUCUCAGUUCUUCAAUACCAUUAUAGAGAAGCUUCUGGAGGUCACUGUUAGACCUGAUGCUGGUCAAUGUAACCUUAGAAGUGCGGCCUAUGAAGCAGUCAUGGAGAUGAUUAAAAACAGUCCAAAGGAUUGUUAUGGUGUUGUGCAAAAGACAACUCUAGACGUUAUGCAGAGGCUGCAACAUGUGCUCCAGUUAGAGAGACAAGUCCCAUCGAAUGAACGAGCACAGUACAAUGACCUACAGUCCCUCCUAUGUGCCACUCUGCAGAGCGUCUUGAGGAAAAUCAAUCCCCCAGAUGCUGUUCAGAUUGCGGAAAGUGUCAUGACAGCACUACUUCAAAUGUUUGGUGCCUCUGCGCAGGGUGGUACAAGUGGUGUCCAAGAGGAUGCUUUGAUGGCCGUAGGGACUUUAGUGGAAGUUAUUGGAAUCAACUUUAUGCAGUACAUGGAAUCAUUUAUGCCCUUCCUAGAAGUGGGUCUCAAAAACAAGUCAGAAUACCAGGUUUGCACUGCUGCUGUUGGAUUGGUUGGUGAUAUUGCACGUGGACUAGGAGUCAGCAUCACUCAGUACUCUGAUCGGAUCAUGCAAAUUUUAAUGGAGAACUGCCAUGAUGAAACUGUCCACCGCUCAGUUAAGCCCCACAUCCUGUCUGUAUUUGGAGAUAUAGCACUUGCCACUGGUCCUCACUUUAAAAAGUACUUGGAUGUGGUCAUUGCAACUUUGACACAAGCCACACAAGUCCAGGUUGUCAAGACUGAUUAUGACAUGAUCGACUAUCUGAAUGAGCUGAGAGAAUCUUGUCUAGAGGCAUACACUGGAAUCAUCCAAGGAUUAAAGGGUGAUGCUGAGAAACCUAACCCAGCCGAGGUGGAGGUGAUCAAGCCACAUAUCCAACACAUUAUUGGGUUCUUAGAACUGAUAGCAGAAGAUCAAGACCACUCCGAGGGGAAUGUUACCUGCGCUAGCGGAUUGAUAGGGGAUAUUUGCGAGGCUUUUGGGACAGAGGUUCACCCGAUGCUUGACAAACCAAGCAUACAAGACCUGCUACAAGAGGGUAGACGAUCCAAGAACCACAAGACAAAGCAAGUCGCAAACUGGGCCUCCAGGAAAUUGCGCACCCUCAAGCAGCUUUAAUCGACUUGACUGUUGAGAGAGCGAGAUGAGAGAGCGAGCGAGUGAGCUUGUGGGAACGCUGUGUGGGUGAGGUACUCGGCCCAAGAGUAGCCCGCCGAAACGCAUGGCUUGGCUACCCUGCAACCCACUUGAUGUGCGCAUGCGUGAGCGAAAAAAAUGCGAAUGACAUUGCACCCGCGGGUGCCACUCGACGUUUUACCGACAGACAAUGGAGAAAAAUAUUAGAUCCGUGCCCCAGGGUUCGGCUAAUUGAAUUCAAUGAUGACAUAAUGCACUGCUGCGUAGAACUUCAAUGACAAAGGACAUCUGCACCAGUCGAAAAUUGGACUAGAAUGCUAGAAAUAUCAGUUGUCUUUUGUCAAGCGGUCAUUUGACGUUUAAUUAAAAACAAAUAGUUGCC